UUGCACCGAUGACUGACAGUCUGGUGAAUGUACAGAAAUGAAAGCAAAACGAGACUUCAAGAUGGGUGACAAAAGCAAAACAAGCUAGUUAACUUGCCAUAUCUCAAUUAUCUCCAUUUGCAGUGAUCGCCAAGCUCAUCCUUCACUCCCGUCUGAUUUGUGCAGUCAGCCGCCGGGAUUGUGUGACGGAGGAUGCUGGAGGGUGCUACGGCAUGGCUCACUUUGACACAGAAUACCAACGUCUGGAGGCCUCCUACAAUGACUCCCCGCCCGGAGAGGAGAACCUGCUGGUACAUGUGCCAGAAGGAUCUAAAUCCCAGUGGCAUCAUAUAGAGAAUCUGGACCUUUUCUUCCAGCGAAUAUAUAAUUUGCAUCAGAAAAAUGGCUUCACAUGUAUGCUGCUGGGGGAAAUAUUUGAGCUUGUGCAAUUGGUGUUUGUCGUUGCUUUCACUGUGUUUUUGGCAAAUUGCGUGGACUACGAUAUCUUGUUUGCGAACAAACUGGUGAACCACACUGACUCGGCGAAGGUGACACUCCCAGAUGCUUUUCUGCCUGUGGAUGUCUGCAGUGCCAGGAUUCGUGACAACGUGUUUGUCAUCUUCAUCCUCGUCAUCUCUGGAGUCUUCUGGCUCCAUCGACUUGUCAAAUUCAUAUACAACAUCUGCUGCUAUUGGGAGAUCCGCUCCUUCUACAUCAACGCUCUGAAGAUGUCUAUGGCCGACCUCCCGUACUUUACAUGGCAGGAGGUGCAGGCGCGCAUCGUGGAGAUCCAGAAGGAGCACCAGAUCUGCAUCCACAAGAAGGAGCUAACGGAGUUGGACAUCUACCAUCGCAUACUGCGGUUCAAGAACUACAUGGUGGCCAUGAUCAACAAGUCCCUUCUGCCCGUUCGCUUCCACCUGCCCGUCCUGGGCGACGUCGUCUUCUACACACGUGGGCUCAAGUACAACUUUGAGCUGAUCUUUUUUUGGGGCCCCAGCUCGCUUUUCGAGAACGAGUGGAGCCUGAAGACGGAGUACAAGCGGGGCGGCAGCCGGCUGGAGCUGGCCGACAGGCUGAGCUCACGCAUCCUGUGGAUCGGCAUCGCCAACCUGCUGCUGUGCCCCGUAAUCCUCAUCUGGCAGAUCCUCUACGCCUUCUUCAGCUACACGGAGGUGAUCAAGCGAGAGCCGGGCAGCCUGGGAGCCCGCUGCUGGUCGCUCUACGGCCGCUUCUACUUGCGGCACUUCAACGAGCUGGAUCACGAGCUCAUGUCCCGCCUCAGCAAGGGCUACAAGGCCUCGUCCAAGUACAUGAACUGCUUCAUGUCGCCGCUGCUCACAGUGGUGGCCAAGAACGUCGCCUUCUUCGCUGGCUCCAUCCUGGCGGUGCUCAUCGCGCUCACCAUCUACGAUGAGGACGUUCUGGCUGUAGAGCACGUCCUCACCAGCAUCACCCUGCUGGGGGUCUGCAUCACUGUCUGCCGCUCCUUCAUCCCAGACAAACAUCUGGUCUUCUGCCCAGAGCAGCUGCUGAAAGUCAUCCUGGCGCACAUCCACUACAUGCCGGACCACUGGCAGGGGAACGCCCACCGCUAUGAGACCAGAGAUGAGUUUGCUCAGCUCUUCCAGUACAAGGCCGUCUUCAUCCUGGAGGAGCUUCUAAGUCCCGUGAUCACGCCCUUCAUCCUCAUCUUCUGCCUCCGCCGCAAGUCCCUGGAGAUCAUCGACUUCUUCCGCAACUUCACCGUGGAGGUGGUGGGGGUGGGCGACACCUGCUCGUUCGCCCAGAUGGACGUUCGUCAACAUGGACACCCUGCGUGGAUGUCGGCGGGGAGAACGGAGGCCUCCAUCUACCAGCAGGCGGAGGACGGCAAGACCGAGCUGUCGCUCAUGCACUUCGCCAUCACCAACCCUCGCUGGCAGCCGCCCCGCGAAAGCACCACCUUCAUCAGCCAGCUGAAGGAGAAGGUGCAGCGGGAGGCUGCCUCUGGCCAGCAGGGCGUCCUCGCUGAGAACCACAUCCUCACCUCCAUGCAGUCUGAGUCGGAGCCCCACAGCCUGAUCGCCAACCUCCUCGCUGCCCCCCCCCCUCUGGGCUCUCUCCAUUUGGGCCGGGAGGCUUCGCUGACCAGCCACACGGUGGACGUGGGUCUCAUGGAAGGGACCUCCGCUCUGCGCUCUUUCUCUCCUCUCAGUGGCAGCCAGCACCUGCGGGGCAGCUUCGCCUCCACCCGCCUGCCUCGUGACGGCGCCGCCCUGUUGGGGUGCAGAGCCAUGACGGGGUCGGGAGCUGAUGCCCGCACAGCCAGCUCUGGUAGCAGUGCCUGGGAGGGCCAGCUGAACAGCAUGGUCCUAUCAGAAUAUGCAUCCACUGAAAUGAGCAUCCACGCCCUCUACAUCCAUGAGCUCCACAAGCAGCAGUCACGGGGGCAGCUGUCCCGUCACACGUGGCACAGGCAUGACAGCGACGAGAGCAGCGAGGGUGCUCCCGACGACACCGAGGGACCGCGCAACUUUCCCCGGUCCAACACCUUCCCCAGUGCUACCACACCCCACCAAGAGGGGGCGCUGCUGCACAACGCCGGUCAGCGCCGCUAUGGUGGAACUGCUGAGUCUGUGAGCGGGGGCCUCCGGUUGGGGCCGAGGGUUCCCCGGACGCCCAUGGGCGGCUGGGCCGAGGAAGCCCAAGCAGGCCGGCACCACGACCCGGUACCAGAGGAGGGAUCUGAGGAUGAGCUGCCACCACACACCCAGAAGGUGACAUAACCCAUAUACGUCACUGGUUGUUGCUCCUGGGUUCUACAGCCGUCCCCGGAACUGACACGUGGAGCCUCACCUGAGGCAAACACUUGCACUGAACCCAGGAAGUCGCAGUGUUUCUUGUGCGACAUUCUCUAGCCUCAUGAGACAGACUUUUACAUCAUAAUAAAACAUCCUGUGGAGAAGCAGAAGGCCAGUACCACACCUACCUGGAUUAAUGCCUGGCCGUUUUAGCCAAGAGGAAGAGGAAACUCACCAUUGGCAGGGAAUCAGAGGAGAGUGUGAUGAGAUCUGUUAACCUGCAACCUGGAAACUUCUCCCACAUGAAUGACUGUGAAAUUUUUUUAACGCUGCCCUCUUUUGUGAAGGAGCUUUGACCGGAUGUCCUGAAAACAUUACAAAAAAAACAUUUAUAACGUUAUAAAUAUUUAAAGAAGCAGCACAGUAGACUGCAGGUUCUGGUGAAUGUAGGAUUUAAAUACUGCUCAGUAAUGUUGGAUGGAACCCUAACCUUUAACAUGACAGAUAGUCAGAUGCAGGGGAGGUUUAUGUGUGUGUGUGUGUGUGUGUGUGUGUGUGUGUGUGUGUGUGUGCGCGUGUGUCUGUGUGUGUGUGUUUCACCAGCUAGCAGUCUGUCACACUGACGAACCUCCUUACUACUAGUUAUUCUCACUGACUGGUGUGUUUGUUUCGCUUUGUUGCACUUUGAUGAAAUAUCUCUGGAAAGAUUCUUAUUUUCAAAAAAGGACAGAAGGGAACGUCAAGAAUAACAUGAAGACAAACUUUGCCAAUGGCGAAUAAUUGUAAAAAUAUAUAAUGUUCAUAAAAAGAACCUUGUGAAUACAGCAUGUACUGUUCAUAUUAGUUUGCUGACCUUGAUUUUGACCGAUUUCGCUGCUGUAUGUGGGCUUGUGUCAUCAUUUCUCCACAUUUUAAAGAUAGUGCUGAUGUAAGAACCACUACAGUUAUUUAUUCAACUUAAAGUUGUUUUAUAUUGAUAGCUUUGCUUGCAUAACAAGUUAAAAUACUAAGACUGUCAGGCAGGUCGUGGUGUUUUAUGGAGACACAAUAUUGCUGGCAAAAUGCACAUUCACUCAUUUUUCUCUCAAUUUCUUUCUGGUUUUUCAUUGCAAGAAGCAACAUUUAUAGAGAGUGUGCAAGUAUUUAUGCAAGUAACAAACGCAAAAAUACAAAAUGCUGGCUGUGAUCUCAAAUCGCUAAACUGAAGCGUAUGAAUCCACCCUAACACAUUUUCACAUAUGAAAGCAAAAGCUGGCAAACACAGAUUAGCCCAUAAUUGUCACAAUCAAACCUUAUGAUCGUAAUGCAUCAUGGUAAAAAAGUUUGUACGGUCAUCCCUAAAAACAGACUUUAUAUUUUCUGUUUGCCACAUUUCGAUAAAAAUGUACUUUAUGUAAUUUAGAUAGAUAACAAAAAGCUGUCUGUUGCAAAUUAAGCCCAGGCUACUUGUCAUGAUAUCCGUGGCAUUUAAUUAUGACGUUUAAAAUACCGUUUUGUGGUAUAGUUAUUGUGUGGGGAGAACCGAGUGAAUAAAACGACAAGCGUAAGCACACAAAGUACUAAAUAUCCUGCAAAGUUACAAGGAAUUAUGGGGAAAUGGGAGCAAUGAAAUAAUUUGAUGAGUUGUGUAUAUGGGAGCUGUUCGAAAAACACUGUAGUCUUGUAGGCUUACGACUUUCUGGGCUAAUCUUAGGUUUGUGUUUUUCAUACUUUUCAUAAACUGCUUAAAACGAGCGUUCAAAGGCCUUUCUGUGGAUAAUCGUGCUCUUUAAGGCUCCUAAACCCAUUUAUGUUCCGGAUGAAUCCCCCACAUCAUGGCAUGGCUGCCACCUUGGGAGUUACUGACUCCUAUCAGCCUGAUUCAAACACGCUUUUAAAAGGUCAAAUGUGACUUCCAAUAGAACUGCACAUAUAUGCAUUUGUUGUUUUUUUUUAUACAUUUGAAUUAUUUAUAUUAUAUGUUUUGUACAGCUGUAAAUCCAUUAAUAAAUUGUACAUUUACUAAGCA